UUCGAGGAGCGCCAUUAUCGCCCGAUUGGUCGAUGCUGCUGGAUGCCCAACGCCGCUCCUUCCACCCACACACCCUCCCAGUCACCGAACGUCAGCUACCGGAGAGCGGGCCACGGUGAUUUAAACACGGACAGAGAGAGAAGGUGUUUGCGUGAGAGACAGGAGCGUCUCCGGAAAGAGUGCGAGUGCACACUGUAGACAUCCACACGGUGGAGCAAAGCCUACAAACUUUAUUCCUUUUCUUUCUUUCAUUUCUUUUUUAAGAUAUAUUCCUGUUUACGAACACUCCCCUCCCCCUGAACAAAGACAAAGUUUUGACAUCCCCACCAAAAAAAGAGCAAAAACAACAACUAUUUAUCACCCCACUUGUCCGCUUGGCUCUACUUGACGUUUCUUUUUAAAGCAACAAGUGUUGUCGGCUACGGUACUUUUUCCACACAGGAGGAAAAAAAGAACUACCGAUGAUAUAUUAGCUACCGUGGUCACUCGGUGUGGCACCGCAGUGACACCAGGACUGCCAUGAUCGUGUCCAACGUGAGCCUGAGCGGCUGCGCGGAUUUCAACAGCGCUCUGUGUGCCGGAGCCGGGGAAGGGCACCUGGGGGGCGGAUCAUACCGGACCGCUCUCACCCCGACUGGGAACCUGGUAGUGGCUGUGUGCCUGGGCUUUAUCGGCACUUUCGGACUUAUUAACAACCUGCUGGUGCUUGUUCUUUUCUGCCGCUACAAGAUGCUGCGGUCGCCCAUCAACCUGCUCCUGAUGAACAUUUCCAUCAGCGACCUGCUGGUGUGCGUACUGGGGACUCCGUUCAGCUUCGCGGCCAGCACGCAAGGAAGGUGGCUCAUAGGGGAACGGGGCUGCGUGUGGUACGGCUUCGCCAACUCGCUCUGUGGCAUUGUGUCCCUCAUCUCUCUGGCUGUCCUCUCCUAUGAGCGCUACAGCACUAUGAUGGCUCCCACUGAGGCGGACUCCUCCAACUACCGUAAAAUCUCCCUUGGCAUCAUCAUGUCCUGGGCGUACUCACUUAUCUGGACCCUGCCGCCGCUCUUCGGCUGGAGCCACUACGGCCCAGAGGGACCUGGGACCACCUGCUCUGUUGAUUGGACAGCCAAGACAGCAAAUAACAUCUCUUACAUCAUCUGUCUGUUUAUAUUCUGCCUCAUCGUGCCCUUCCUGGUGAUUGUGUUCUGCUACGGAAAGCUACUGUCCGCCAUCAGACAGGUAAGCGGGAUCAAUGCGUCGAUGAGCAGGAAACGUGAGCAGCGCGUGCUAUUCAUGGUGGUGAUUAUGGUGAUGUGCUACCUAAUAUGCUGGCUGCCUUAUGGCAUCAUGGCCCUACUGGCCACCUUCGGCCCACCGGGCCUGGUCACACCGGAGGCGAGCAUCAUCCCCUCAGUCCUUGCCAAAACGAGCACGGUCAUCAACCCAGUCAUCUACGUCUUCAUGAAUAAACAGUUUUACAGGUGCUUCCAAGCCCUGCUGCAGUGUGAAGCUCCUCGAAGAGGCUCCAGCUUAAAGAGUUCCUCCAAGGUCCCCACCAAGGCCAUGAGGGGAAUAGCAGGAACUGGUCCCCGCCGUACUAACGAAUUCCUAUUUAUGGUAGCCUCAUUGGGUCAACCAGCUGCUACAGUCCCCCGACUGGGGCUCUCAUGUGAACCUACUAUCGAUAUCACAAAAGCCCCUUCUUCAGACAAUAAACCUGUUGUAGUCUCACUAGUGGCUCACCGUGAAUGCUGACAAUUGGUUAUAUAAUCAUAAAACCCUAAGGUCCCCAUCCAGGAGAUCAGUGAAAAAGAAAGAGGUGGUUUUACUGAGACUUGGAAAGUGGCGGUCUGCCAGUCCAGGUGGAUUCAACGUGACUCCAGCAUUAACUCUGGCCUGCCUAGUACAGAUGAUAGAUCAGUAAGAAAGGGCUGUCUCUGAAAAAUGUGAGCAACUAUCAGAGAUGACAGUAAAUCUACAGAAGCUGGGAGUUUGUAUAUUUUACUGAGAAAAGAAACACUCAUGAUCCUUUCUUAGAAAGCACAUUUAAAGGAUGCUCUUAUCAGAGCUCUGGAGUCAGACUGUAAUAAAAGAGGAAUUAUAAGGAUAAUUUUGUGCAAUAUCUCAUUCUCUUAAAAUGUCAUAACAAUAGCGUGUUCAGGAGUGCUGGGGAAGGGCUAUGAUUGGUCUGUACUGAUUGUUACUGACAGCAGUUACAAAGUGAAGUGAAAUUGAAGAACACCAGCCACUUAUGACUGCAAGCUUUUUGAAGUCCUUCAGAAUGAGAAAACUUUAAUAAUCUGUGCAAGGGGAAUGCUUUUGCAGCACUUGCACAAAUAAAAGAAAGUUGUAAAAUUACACAGAAACACAAGAAAGUGUAAUGCAAUAAAAGUACCUGAGAAACGACAGAGGUGCAAACUUAAAUGGAAGUGGUGAUAACUUUACCACCAUAGAGUGGCAAACUCUAUAGAAAACUAUAGAGUUAAGUCUUCAAACCAGCAAUAGUAGUGGCCAUAACAGUUACAAGAAAAAAAUCAAACGAGUGCAAUAAGUCAAGAUGUUAAAUUGGGUAAAGAGAAGGAGUAGCAUUCACAAUUAAAUGUCUUAAUAAAAAGUUAAUUGUACAUUUAACAUUGCUAGUAUGCCGGGGGUGUUUGGAUUUUUUUCAGGGAGAUAGACUUUGGAAAGAAAUACUGUAACUGCAAGUUGGAAAUCACUGUACAGUAAUGGCUGUGAAUGUGCAGUCUAAUGUA